CCGUUACUACGGACGCAUGCUCAGAUUCGAAUCCCGGUCCCCGGCGCCGCGCGCUCAGUCUCCGUUCAACCUAAGUCAGAGAACCCCGCGCUCACCGAGCUCACCCGCGCACACCGGCGCUCCGUGGACCCGUAGCCGGUCUCUAAGCCUCUUUUCCUCCAGGAGCUUCUCACCAUGACGCCCCUCAGCAGCGCCUGCCUCCUCCUGCCUGUUGCUUUUCAACUCCUGCUCGUGCCCAGCCUCAGUUCUGCUGCUGCUACUCUGAGAUGCGGCUCCAUCUACAAGGACUUUGCUAAGUGUCUGCUGGCCCUGGGAGAAAGCCUGUCUGUCAGCAGCCAGAAAGACGACGACACGCAGGAGAUCGACUCCAUCUGCAGGUCUUGGGAUGAUUUUCACGACUGCGCUAACUUGGCCAUGGCUGGCUGUCCUGAAGAGGCGGCUGCCGUGUGGGAGUCUCUGAGACAAGAAUCCAAAAAGAUGCAGUUUUCGGGCAACCUGUACGACAUGUGCUCCAGUCGCAGCCAGUCAGCUGACACCAUAGGAGACCCGAACCCAGAUGAGACCAAUCAGGAAUCCCUAAAAGGGCGUAGCAGCCACAUGAGCCCAGCUCACAGCGUUGUGCUUCUCUCAUGCUUGUGUUUACUUCUCCUCUAUUUGUGGAUAUAAGCCAAGUCUUUCUGCUUAAAGAGACAUAGAGAGUAGAACGUCAAAAGAACGUCAAAGAAAAGUUGACGAACUGACAUAUUUGACACCGACACUUCUGUAAAGAUCACAUGCUGUAAAUAAUAUCAUUCUGAUUUUUUUCUGUAUUUUUUUUCACGCUUCAGCAUAAACACACACACACACAAACACAAUUUCGAAUGAACAAGUAUUUCCCUCACAGUCAGAUGCGAAUCCUCCCGAGAGACGCAGCGUGUGCGGAAUAGCAAUUCCGUGUGCUGUUUACAGUAUGUGCAAACCCACAGUGUUGUAGAUUUACAGGCGAGUUUUUUUUACCUCUGCGCUCCGAGCCCAACCACCACCAACACCCUCCUAAGGCCAAAUUAAACUGCUAACAAUAUGGACUGCUAGCACGAAAGCUUGGAAUCUCUGAAGAUGAAAUUAAGGAGCUGCAAAAGCUUCCUGGGCUGCAGGAGGCAGAGCAACAUAAAGAAUUCCUGCCAACCCCCCCCAUUUAUUUAUUUAUUUGAUUGUUUGUUUUGUUUAUUUUAUGAGAGGAUUAUCAGUGGGGAUCACUUAUUAUAAAAACCAACCCAAAGCAAUAGAACGCACCUGCAAACACAGCUGAGGAAAACCCCUGAGGUUUUACGAAGUUCAAAUUCUAGGCUCAGUUUUGCAAGCCUGCUUUGUAAUGAUCUGCAUUCAAUGCAAACCGAUUUUACCAUUUUAUACAAAACCAUUAGCAAUGUACUUUAAUGCAGAGAUGCUCCUAAUUUCUAGCCUAUCUGAAGUGUGUUUUUAAGUGUAAAUGUGACUCAUCACACUCCACAAAUAUAUAUUUGUACAUAUUUGUACAUAUAAACAUUGCAGCUAAAAGAGUGAAGGUCACCUACAAAAGAGCGUCUAGCACAUGAUGGAAAUGUAAUACUGUAAAUAAGAGAAAUUUAAAUGUUUAAAUACAGAGAGGGAUAUGUUCAUUUUAUCUGUACCUGAGGCAAACAUGUUUAAUAUGUAGUGCUGCAUUCUUUUUGUGUAAUGCAAUCAUAGCGUGCUCUCUUAAAGCCCCUGUCUACUGGUUUUAAAAAUGCACAACAUUAUUUUAAUACUGAAGAUACAUAUUUACCAUUGUUAUCAUCAUUAUAUAUUUAUAUAUUACUUCAGUUAAAAUGCUUUAUAACUUCAGUUUAAAUGCUUUAUAAAACUGCCAGCUGCAGCCUGAAAACUAUGAGGAAAUGUCAGAUCUGAGAUAGAUAGGCAGAGAGUGGCAUCACUAUAAAGGAAAAAGGCGUGGAUCUAAACUGCUAUAGCUAAUUUAAACCUUUCCACAUGUAACACGUGGCUCUCUGUUAUUGCUUUGCCGAGAGUGAGGUUAUUUGGCAGCAGAGUAGCUUGAAGUAAUUCUAGAAUUUUGCCAUUACUCAGCAAGUGGAGCAAUUUGAAGAAACAAAAGACCGUAGCUGUGCAGACAAGUUCAGAUCAGGAAUUCAGAAGUGGUGAUAUUUUUAUUAUUCAUAUUAUAGCCAUUUUAUUAGUUUUAAUAAAGUUGUGACACUUUAAUGACUUUGAUUCGUGUAUUUGCUGGAUCUGAUUAUAUCCGAUAUAUAUAUAUAUAUAUAAAUGUUGUAAAAUACAAAUUUAAAGAAACAACAGAGUUUGCUUUGUGGCUUAUCCUGUAGUCUAAAGCUGGAAAUCCACCACAGCAUCGUAGUUGGAGUCUACCUCAUGUAAGUUCUGAACCAUUUAAGAUGGAACCAAAAAUGUUGUUGAGUGAUAAGACUGUUCCAGAAGCAGUACUUACAAGCACAGAGCUUAAACAACAACACAGAGCUUAUGAUGCUGUCUGUUUAAACUCAGAUGUUGGAAUUACCAAGUUUUGAUCAGGAUAGAUUUUUUUACUUAGAAAGUCAGCCUAAGUAAGAGAGCCUCAGAACUUCCCUUAAAUUCACCUUAUCACACCAAAAUCCCUAAACAUUAAAUUCUGUGUUUAUUCAUUAUUAAAUGCACAUUAAUACUAAAGUCAUACCAACUAUUUUCUCUAUUUUAUAACAUUUUCUCAGUGAGCUUUAUGAGGUAGUCACCUGGAAUGGCUUUAAGUUAACAGCUGAAAUUACUUAGAGUCUUGCACUCUUAAUGUGUUUGAGAGCAUCAGUUGUGUUGUGAAAUUGGUAUUUAGUGAGUAGCCUUGUUUGAGUAACGUUCUAAUCCAUAUUAUCACAAGAUACUAUAAAAAUGAAGCUCAGUUAAUUCGGAAAAUGUCAAGAACUUUGAAAGUAUCCUCAAGUGCAGUUUCAAAGAGCAUCAAAAAAUUUAUGAUGAAACUGGCUCUCAUCAGGGCUAUCCUAGUCCUGAGCAAGAGUUACCUCUGUUAUACAGGAUAAUUCAUCAGAGUUACCAGCAUCAGAAACCGCACCCCAGAUAAGAGCAACCUAAAUGCUUCUCAUUAUUUUGGUUGGUUUAACAGUUUUAAGUUACUACAUGAUUCCUCAUGUGUUCCCUAAUAGUCUGGAUGACUUCAGUAUUUAUUUACAAUGAAGGAAAAAAUUAAAUAUAAAAUAAAAGCAUUGACAUCAAACUUAUUACUGGUUCUGUAUAUUUAAAUAUAUAUUUAACUGUAUAUAUAAGCAUUCACAACAUUGGCAUCUCUGUGGUGCUUACUCAUAAGAGGCAUGGACCUGUAUUUUUCUGUAAAGCUGCUUUGUGACAACUUUUGUUGUAAAAAGCUCUAUAUAAAAAAAAAAUAAUUUAAUUUAAUUUAAUUUAAUUUAAUAUUUCAAUUAGCAUGUGAAUGCAGAAUGAAAUAAAGUCCCACCCGUAACUUAAAUCCAAAAUCCAACAGAAGAACUAUGAAGAACCAUAAAGUUUACAAAAAUCUCUUCACAGAAAAGACCAUUAUUUAUCAUUUCUCUGCCAGUUGACAGUUUCAGUUGAUCAUUCUUAUUCAUUCAAAACUCUAGAUAAUUAGAAGAGAAUCAUGAAAAUAAGUAGACCGGGGUUUUAAGUGUUUUUGUGUUUGUGAGGGGCCACGCAAAGCGUGUCGGAUCAUGUUCCCUCAUCCAAUACAUCAACUCUGCUCUCCUCAGCAUUAUUUCCUCUAUUAGGUUUCUACUUACUGUAUUGUUUUAAUUGGAAAAAGAAUCGUGUUACUAAUGCGCUGAACGAUUUUUACGCCUGAUAAUUCACCUGUGACACAAAAUCUGUUUGUGCACUGUGUAAACAUGGUUACUUUUAAAUGAGAUUUAUGAACUUUUUUAGAUAUUCAUUUAAGCCCGAAUUAAAGUCUUAAAUAGCCAAUAUCUUAACGUCAGCUCAGUCUGUUAUUAUUAAUCUUUUUUAUGCUGUAAUUUGUCUCUUUGUACUGAAUUAAGUUCUGCUUAUUACCAUAAGGGCUAAAGCAAGAAUGGACACAGAGAACCCAUAGUAGAUUAACAUUGUAUUUGUUGUUUUCAGUUAUGACCACUUUGAUGAAGAACUGUAACACUGUAACAUGAUGAAAAGAUGUAAUAUACUGGGCGCAUGCACAAGUUGGUUGGUCUUCUUUGUAAAACAAAAGACUCCUUCACAUAAGUUUGGUCCUGGCGGAGAUGAAGAAAGAUUCUACAAAGGACAAAGGAGUACAUUAUAAAUCUGCCUUUCCUUUUGAAGCUUGGACUCACUCUACCAUUUUACUGUCCAUCAAACUGGAUCUUGAUGUAGAAGCCUCAGGGAUCAAAGGGGCUUUUCUUCUCCCAUUGACUUUCCAUAGAUUUCCAUUCUGGGUAGCUCAUAUCCAGAGAUGCCACCAACCAGAGACCUCAUAGUGGCUGUCCAGCAUUUGCCAGUGGAUGAUCUGUGGGACAAUAGCAAUUCAAUUAUAUGGCUUUUCAUGUUUUGUAGCCUUUUCCUGUUCUUUGCUACAUUCAGAGUUGAUGAAUAAAAGACGUUGAGGGCCA